AUGAACACAAACUGGAUGACCAGCAAAGUUUUCAAAACUGAGUCUCCAGAUGAGUUGGAAGUUGAAACAAUUACGAAGCCGAAAAGCGCUAGUGAACCGCCUCCACCGAAAAAUGUUAUAGAACGAAAGACCAGCUCUUCGGGUAGAUUUGUGAUAACUACAGAGGAUCUCGAUGGGUUAGCAGACAGCAAAGAUGAUGGGCAUGAAAGAUCGCAAGAUGGUGAAGCAUUCGUAGAAAAUGGUGUUGUUUCUUAUGAUAAAGUUUCCGGUGAGGCGCCUAUGCAACGAUUCAAAGGGGUGCACUUCUCAGUUGGCGAUAAGGAUCAGAAUGACGAUCGAAAACGAGAACAGGCGGAAACUAACACAACUAUCAACCUUAAGAGUUGGCGGUGA